AAAUUAGACAAUGAUGGCAUUAUAUUAAAAAUAAGUUAACUAAAAAAAGAUCCGAAAAGUGGAAAAUGUGAGUGUGGGUACCAUAAUGAAUCGUUUUGCCGAAAAUAAACAUGUGAUAAUUGAAGAAACAAGUCCAAACCGUCCAAAUACAACAAAUAAAGUACAACGAUCCACAUCACAAACACAUUUCACACCAAAAUAUGAAGAAUCACCAGCUGGUGGAAAUAAUGAAAUUAUAAAUCAAAUCGGUAGUGGUCCAAAACGUUCUUCGAGUGGAUUAUUAUCAAUAUUUAAGUGGUUUAAAAAGAAUCCUGAUCGUGAUAAUAUAUAUUCAUCAUCGUCAUCUUCAUCGUCAUCAACAACCGCUUCGAAUUCAUCAUUAAAUAACGAUGAAUCAACAAACACACCGAAUCCUUUGUCUCGAAAUCAAAGUGCAGCGAGUGUUGAUUCUUUAUUUAGCACAGCAACAGUAGCAUCAUUUACAUAUAUCCCUCCAGCCGUUUAUAAUCCAUUUGGUAAUGCUGAAAUACCUGAAAAAUUAAUUGCACCAGGUCCAGAAACAAAUACACAUAAAAAUCGUAUGAAACAAUUAGAAAAAGUUCGCGAGCGUGAUAAAAAUAUUACAUUACGCAAAAAAUAUAAAUUAUUUUCGAAGAAAAAUAAAAAGAAUAAAAAAGAUACAAUUGUGAAUACUAAUCGUGAUUACUGUGAAUUAAGCUUACCAUUAAUAAAAUGUCAGAAUAAAAAUAGCAUGGACAAAAGUGUUGAUGAUAAUAAUAAAUCGGAUAAUAAUCGAAGUGUAAUUAAAUCGCAUCAUCGUCGAACAGUCAGUGAAAGUAGUAAAGAUAAAAAAGCUGGUGCAUAUUGUCAUGUAAAAGGUAAACGUCGUGCUCCACCACCCCCUUCGCAAAAUAAUACCGAAACAACAAUUAAAAACGAUGAAAAUACAAAUACAUUAACACGUAAAAUGAAACGACAAGCUCCACAACCUCCUGCUUCUACUUCCGAAAAUAAUCAAACAACAUCGAAUUUAACAAAAGAACAAAAAGAUUUCUUAAUAACAAAUAUUGCAAAAUUACAAAGUACCCAAUCGAAUAGCGUAGAAAUAAUGACAUCACAAAAUGGUAUUAAUGAACUAAUCAACAAUGUACCAGAUGUUGUAUGUAACGAUUCAUUAAAAUUAGAAUCGGGGAUAUUAAAACCGGUGAAAGAAACAUUAAAAACGACUGAUAAUAAAAAUGAAAAAAAAUCUGUAACAGCCUCACCGAUUUCACCAAAACCAUGGUAUAAACGUACUUUAUCAUCUUCAUCCUCGAAUCGUGAUAGUUUAAAUCAUUCGAGCUCACAUUUUCGUAAAGAAUUUGCCAAACAUCAUAGUAAAUCGGAAGGAAAUGACGAUAAUGUAUUUAAAUAUCCCAAAGAAAAUUCGAAAUUAAGUAACGUUUUAUCUCGAUUUAGUAUGUCAUCGGAUGAACGUAAGAAAGAUGAAAAUCGUAAAUCAGCGAUUUCAAUGUUAGCAAAUAUUAGUGAAUUAGAUCGUGAAGCAGCAUUAAUUGUGCAAAAAGAACAGAAUAAAAUGCAAGCACAAAUAGAUGCUCAGAAUGAAGCAUUCUAUUCGCCGUCUAGUUCUCAAAAUGAUGUUCCAGGUUUUUUAAUGAGCCAGCAACAGGAACAACAACAAAAAAAUACAUGUAAAAAAGGCUCUGCACGGGAAUUAAUAUCAAAAUUUAAUGCAUUAACGAGUGCCACCCGUAUUAGUGUGAAUUCAGCAUUAUUUUCAUCAAACAAAGAAGAUAAUCGUAAUUCACGACGAUUUUCAUAUCAAUCAACUGAAAAUGAUAUUAAAAAUAAAUAUUCACCAUUUUCCGUUGUAACACCACCAAUGAAACGUAGUAUUUUUAAAUUAGAAGAAUUUUCUGAAAAGGAUGAAGAAGUACUCCCAACGCCAAUGUGGAAAUCGAAUGAUACAAAUUUUGAACCAAAAAUAGUUAAUACACCACCAAAUAUUAUGAAGUAUUUUGAACCACAAAAAACUGAAUCAAAAGUUGAUGAUAAAACUUUAGACGAACAACCAAAAAAUAAUUUAGCAACAGAAGUGAAAAAAGAUGGUUGGACUUGUACACGCUGUACUUUAGAAAAUGGUCGAAUGGAUUUAAAAUGUGUCGCUUGUGGUAUGUGGAAACCGUUUGGCAAAGUUGUAGAUAAGUAUUUUGGUCCACAAAAGGAUAAUAAAAGUAAUGACAAAGACGUCAAACCAACAAAUGAAAAAACACAAAAUUUAGAAAAUGAGACUAAAAUGGCACGAACUUUUGCUGAAAAUGUAUUUAAAGCUUUUGAAAUGGACGAUGAGGCUGAUAAAAAAUUAGAUGAAGUGAAAUUAGAAAACGAUACUGUUAAAGAAACUGCAAUAGUUUCAUCAGUUACCGUUGUUGAGCCUGAAUUAUCAUUAGAAGAAUUACGAAAAGCACGUUUGGCAAGGUUUAGCCAAAACUUAGACGAUUUAGAAAACAUACCAAAAUCGCCACCCCCAGAGAAAGAAGAAAAGCAAAACGAUUUGAAUGAAGUAAAAACUAACAAAUCUGAAAGUUGUGAUCCACAAUUGUCAUUAAGUGCCUCAAAUAAAUUACUUUCCGAAGAACAAAAAAAAUUACGUAAAAUGCUAAAAGAAAUGCGAGAUUCGUUACCGAAAACUGGUUCUACUUUAACACCUAAAUCCACCUUAGAAAAAGUACCAAUUAAAGAAGAUGUCGAGUUGAAAAUUGUCGAAGAAAAUGACUUGAAAAAUGAUGAAAUUAAAAUUAAAGAAAUUGACACAGGAAUUAAAGAUGUUAGCAAAGGUGCUAUUCCUAAAGUUUUUAAUAAGACGUCUCCAAAACCUGUAAUAGUAGAUGAAAUAUUAAAAAAUAAAGAAGAGAAGGUUAUCACAGCGUAUGUUAUUACAAAGGAAACUACUUAUGAAAAUAUUAAAGUGAGAAAAGAAAACGUUGAUUUGGAUAAACCGAUAAAAGUUUCCGCUUCUUCUCAAACACAAUCGGUUAAAGUUACUACAAAACCACCAUUAGGUCGUGAAAAUAUUAUGUUACCAUUGUCCGUUGAAGAAAUGUCGACACCUGCAAAAACAACCAUAUCACGUGUUGGAUCUUUUGGUAAAGGACAAUUUGAAUUAAUUCGUGCCAAAGAUUUCGCAGGUAUUAGUUCGAAUGUUACAACACCAGACUCACCAUUAUAUGCCAAUUUGCCAGCAACACUUGAGACAUUAGAAAAAACUUCCAUUACGGCAAGUCCAUCAAAUUCAUCGUCACAGCAGAGUAUCAACAAUAGCUCAUCCGAGGAAGAAAUAUUAUCGGUGCAGUUAAGUGAUCCAGAAGGAAUUAAAGACUUUAAAGCAACUCUAAGACAAGACAAACAUAAUGCGAAUACAUUGGCAAUAAACCGUUUGUUGAGGCGAUUGGAGACAGCUAUUGCUAGUGGGCAACAUGUUCAAGCGGCGAAACUUGCCAAAGAUUUGGCUAGAUUGAAAGUGAAUUGUUCAGUGACCAGACAAAAGAAGAUUGAAACUCCAAACACAAAAUACAUAACGGCUGACAUGUACGUUGAAGAUCAAGUAACACAUCAAGGACCGAUACCAUUACGUGUAAAUCCAGAUAUGACAAUUGCUGAUUUAAAACAAAAAGUUGCCCAAGAAUUUGAGAUACCAUCUCAUGUACAAAGAUGGAUAUUAGAUCGACAACUUGCAUCAGACGAUGAAAUGACUUUAGGUGAACUAAACAUAAAUUUCGAUGGAUGUCCGAUGUUUUUAUAUCUAGUAGCUCCAGAUGGUGAAUUUGAUGUCGAAACUUUGAAACGCGCAUCAAAACGAGUACGUGAUGGUAUUAAAGCUCAAGCAGUUGAAGAAGACCUCGAACAAUCGGAUUCAGAUGCUAAUGAAGAGGAAGAGACUGAAAGUGCAGUUAACGAAGCUACAAACGAUGCGAAUGACAUUCAAAAUACCAUACCACCAAAUAUGUGGCGAUGCCCAGUGUGUACGUUAUUAAAUGGUUUAGAUCGGCCAGGAUGUGAAGCUUGCAGCACAGAACGGCCACGAUCCGUUGAACCAAAACAAAAGAAUUAUUUACAAUUAAUGGACUUAGAUAAUACUGAUCUUGUAUCGAAUAUUGAACCGUUCGAAUGUUUAAUAUGCUUUACAGAAUGUCAAAUUGGUGAAGGAGUGAUUUUACGUGAAUGUUUACAUUCAUUUUGUAAAGAAUGUUUAGCACAUACAAUUGAAUAUACGGAGGAAGUUGAAAUAAAAUGCCCAUAUCGUGAUAGUGAUUAUUCAUGUGAUUUAGUUUUACAAGAACGUGAAAUAAAAGCAUUGGUGUCAAAAGAAAUCUACGAACAACAUCUAGCGUUAUCAGUGAAACAAGCUGAAACUAAAAUUGAUAAUGCAUUUCAUUGUAAAACACCAGAUUGUCGUGGUUGGUGUAUUUUUGAAGAUAAUGUUAAUGAAUUUAAGUGUCCUGUAUGUAAAGCUAAUAAUUGUUUAACUUGUCAGGUAAUUCAUGAAGGAUUAAAUUGUAAACAGUAUCAAGAGCAAUUAAAUCAAAAUAGCGAAUCGAAUGUAGAAGCACGUCGUACAAAAGACUUUUUAGAUGAAAUGGUAUCACGAGGUGAGGCAAUGGUGUGUCCUACAUGUCAAGUGGUUUUAAUGAAAAAAUGGGGCUGUGAUUGGUUACGCUGUUCAAUGUGUAAAACAGAAAUAUGUUGGGUAACACGUGGACCACGAUGGGGUCCUACUGGUAAAGGUGAUGUAACAGGUGGUUGUAAAUGUGGUGUGAAUGGUAUUAAAUGCCAUCCAAAAUGUACUUAUUGCCAUUAA